AUGGCUGAGAACAAUUUCACUCAGGUGACCUUCUUCAUACUGUCUGGAUUUUCUAAUCAUCCUGAACUACAUGUCAGCCUUUUCUUGAUAUUUCUCUUUAUCUAUCUAUUCACUGUUUUGGGGAACCUUGGUCUCAUCGUGUUAAUCAGAAUGGACCCACAGCUUCAUACACCGAUGUACUUUUUCCUUAGCCUUUUAGCAUUCAUUGACAUAUUCUACUCCUCUACAAUAACACCCAAGGCCCUGGUAAAUUUCCAAUCCAGUCAUAAAACCAUCUCCUUUGCUGGAUGCUUUGUUCAAAUGUACCUUUUUGUGAGUUUGGCAAGUAGUGAAUGCAUUCUUCUUGGCUCCAUGGCCUAUGACCGCUAUGUGGCAAUCUGCAAUCCCUUACUGUAUUCAGUAGUUAUGUCACAGAGAAUGUGUCACUGGUUGGCAGUGAUUACGUUUGCAAUUGCUUUCACAAAUUCUAUCACACCAACCUGUGUGAUUAGCAGCUUGCACUACUGUGGUUCCAACAUCAACCACUUCUUUUGUGACACCACAGCUCUUAUGUCUCUUGCCUGUGUCGAUUCAUUCAGUACAGACAUAAUGGUCUUUGUGUUAGCUGGGUGCACUAUUAUUUUUCCCUUCCUCAUUAUCACUGUCACUUACAUCGCCAUCAUCUCAGCCAUCCUGAGGAUCCAGUCCGCAGCAGGCAGGAAGAAGGCCUUUUCCACGUGUGCAUCUCACCUCAUGGGGGUAACUAUCUUCUAUGGCUCCCUGACGUUUACGUAUUUGCAGCCUGAUAACUCAUUAUCCCUGACCCAGGCACAGGUGGCCUCUGUGUUCUAUACCAUUGUCAUUCCAAUGCUGAAUCCCCUCAUCUAUAGUCUGAGGAACAAGGAUGUGAAAAAUGCUUUUUUUAGAGUAAUGCACAGAAAAAUUUUUUCUAUGAAAAAUCUACAGAAAUUAUAA